AGCUAGUGGCCUGGUUAAAUAGGGCUUAGUAAUGAGGAGUGUGUUUUUAAUAAGAACUUAAAGAGCUUGUAGCGCAAAGGCCAGGCUUCUGGGAGAGGAGACAUAGAGGAACACAGCUAAUGGACGCCAAGAGCAUUCAGAGGAGGACAUCGUUCGGUUUCAGCUCCGGGCUCAGGCUUUGAUACAGGUCACCUGAUCAGUUUCACUAGAGCAGAUCCUGAUUCACCUUCAACAAUAUUAGGAAAACACCUUGCUGAUGACAGUUAGAUUGGACACGGGUUGCCCCUGCUGUGGCAGGCGUCUCAUCUCAAGAUUCCUCGUUUUCUCAACUAUUUGAGGAAUCAUAUGCUGUAAAUAUUCCGUUUUUAUCCUGAAACCUAAUUUGAACUCUCAUUCCUUGGCCAUCACCUGCCAGUACUGGGACAGAGGCAGAAGAUCCCAAGAUGAGUGUCAAAAAGGAAGACGUGGAGAAGUUCCUGGAUGGAAAUCCAGAUUUUGCCAGGAGCUAUUUUGACAAAAAGCUCAAACCUGGUGCCGUGGCCUCGAUCAUGCGAAUACCGGAGUCUAAAGUGGAUAUGGACAGUUUUAAGGACAUAUGCUCGGUAGAAGAGGGAGCAGUAUUCUACGAUCUCAUUACAGACAUGCAGGAGAACAUCAAUAUGGAGAAGGUGAUUUUUAAGAUUCUGAAGAGGGUCAGCGCUCUGAUCCAUGCCGAUCGAUGUAGCCUGUUCAUGUAUCGACAGAGAAACGGCAUCGCUGAGCUGGCUACACGUCUCUUCAAUGUUAAUGAAAAUUCUGUGCUCGACGACUGCGUGGUGCCUCCAGACUCUGAGAUCGUCUUCCCGCUGGACAUUGGUAUAGUAGGAUAUGUGGCUCAAACCAAAAAACCCAUCAAUGUGAAGGAUGUUACACAGGACAGUCACUUCAGCUCAUUCGUUGAUGAACUAACUGAAUACACCACACGUAACAUGUUGGCCACACCCAUCAUGAAUGGAAAGGAUGUUGUAGCUGUCAUCAUGGCAGUCAACAAGACUACUGGACCCCAUUUCACAGACGAAGAUGAGGAUCUUUUCUUAAAGUAUCUGAAAGUUGGCUCUCUGAACCUGAAGAUUUUUCAUCUGAGCUACCUUCAUAACUGUGAAACACGAAAAGGACAGCUGCUGCUGUGGUCGGCUAACAAGGUGUUUGAAGAGCUCACAGACAUUGAACGACAGUUUCACAAAGCUUUGUACACUGUACGAGCCUAUCUCAACUGUGACAGGUACUCUGUGGGCCUACUGGACAUGACCAAGGAAAAGGAGUUCUUUGAUAUUUGGCCAGUGUUGAUGGGAGAGCAGCCACCUUAUUCUGGCCCUGUAACUCCUGAUGGAAGGGAAAUUAUUUUCUACAAAGUAAUUGAUUAUAUUUUGCACGGAAAAGAGGACAUCAAGGUCAUACCAUCUCCCCCUGCAGAUCAUUGGGCUUUGGUUAGUGGAUUACCUACAUAUGUAGCAGAGAGUGGAUUUAUUUGCAACAUCAUGAAUGCAGCAGCUGAUGAAAUGUUCAAAUUUCAGACUGAAGCUCUGGAUGACAGUGGAUGGACCAUCAAGAAUGUGCUGUCCCUGCCAAUUGUCAACAAAAAAGAAGAAAUUGUUGGCGUUGCAACUUUCUACAACAGGAAGGAUGGCAAACCAUUUGAUGACCAUGAUGAACAACUCAUGGAGGCUUUGACACAGUUUCUGGGCUGGUCGGUCCUCAACACAGACACAUAUGACAAAAUGAACAAGCUGGAGAACAGGAAGGACAUUGCCCAGGACAUGGUGCUGUACCAUGUCAAAUGUCGAGAUGAUGAGAUUCAAAACAUCCUUAAAACAAGAGAAUAUUUUGACAGAGAGCCCAGAGACUGUGAGGAGGAAGAGCUUUUGGAGAUUCUGAAAAAAGAGCUGCCUGGCCCGAAAAAGUUUGAGAUCUACGCGUUCCAUUUUUCAGACUUCGACUGCACUGAACUGGAUCUUGUAACGUGUGGGAUCCAGAUGUACUAUGAAGUUGGAGUGGUUAAAAAGUUUCAGGUCCCUCAGGAGGUUUUGGUGAGAUUCAUGUACUCGGUCAGCAAAGGCUACAGAAAAAUCACCUACCACAACUGGCGCCAUGGCUUCAAUGUCGGCCAAACCAUGUUCACUUUACUAACGACAGGCAAACUAAAGCGGUAUUACACAGAUUUGGAGGUUAUGGCCAUGAUCACUGCCGGGUUCCUGCAUGAUAUCGACCACAGAGGCACAAAUAAUCUCUACCAAGUGAAGUCCCAAAAUCCUCUGGCCAAGCUGCACGGAUCCUCCAUUCUAGAGAGGCAUCACUUGGAAUUUGGCAAGUUUUUGCUAGCCGACGAGUCGUUAAACAUCUUCCAAAACCUCAACAGAAGACAAACAGAGCAUGUCUUCCACCUCAUUGACAUUGCCAUCAUUGCAACUGAUCUUGCCUUGUACUUUAAAAAGAGAACGAUGUUCCAGAAAAUUGUCGAUCUCUCUGAGACGUAUGAAGAACAGAAGAAAUGGGUGGACUUCAUGUCUCUUGAAACAACAAGGAAAGAAAUUGUAAUGGCCAUGAUGAUGACAGCGUGUGACCUCUCAGCUAUUGCAAAACCAUGGGAGGUUCAGAGCAAGGUCGCCCUCUCUGUGGCUGCUGAAUUCUGGGAGCAGGGUGAUCUUGAGAGGACUGUUCUUGAGCAACAACCUAUCCCCAUGAUGGACAGGAACAAAGCUGCAGAGCUGCCAAAGCUUCAGUGUGGUUUUAUCGACUUUGUCUGUACUUUUGUUUACAAGGAAUUCUCUCGUUUUCACCCAGAGAUCCAGCCAAUGUAUGAUGGCAUUCUGAACAACCGAAAGCAUUGGAAAGAGAGGCAGGAGGAAUAUGAGGCAAAAUUAAAGGCUAUGGAGGAGGCAGCUAUGGCCAGACAGGAAGCAGCUGCCAAAAAUGUUGCAAAUUCCAGCAUCAACGGUGGAUCAGGAUCAGGGUCCAAGACCUGCUCCGUCUGCUAGAAGAAAAGACAGAGGCAGAGGGCAAGGCAGUCACACGGGGGAGAUCAAUCUCACUCUUAGGAUCUGUAAGGAUCUGACCGAGAGUGAGUGGGAUAACGCUAUCAAUGCAUUAUAUGCUAUCACCAAGCCACAAGACCAUUUGCUAACCAUUGAAUCUUGCCUACAAUUAGUAUUACUGUUCCACUGUGUUUCCUUUGGGUCAGUGUUUAAGCUAUUUCAUUGGAUGGUAAUCGGUUUCAGUUAAUCACAAUGCAGGCCUACAUUUUCUACAGGAAAAUUUUAUUUUUUAAUAAUUAGUUUUUCCAUCCAAUCGUCCAGAUCCAAGAUAUUUGCCUCAUCUAUAAAUUACUUGUACUGGAUAUGUUUUAAUGUAUUUGCUCAGGUGAUCAGCUUCUAUUUAAUAUCAAGCAGGUCCAUGAUAAGGUCCAUCAAGGAAUCAAUUAAAUACUGUAUGUAUGUUGAAACUGCAAGAUAUGUUUUUCUCUUAUUGUAACUGUAAUAAUGUAUGAUUUGUCGUCACCUUUUAGUGAAUACCGAAAAAAACAAGCCAUUAUACGUACAGCUGUAAGUAACCGUUCAGGAGUGCAUUUCCCAAAAGCAACUAUGGUUGCAUGUUCUGUCAUUACUAAUACAGUUCAUUGGAAUUAACAACCAUAGUUAGCUAAUGAUGCUUUUGGGAAACGCACCCCAGGUUGCUAAAUGUGAGAAGGCAGACUUUAGUGUGCCACAAAAUAUAGCUUCUGGUAAGCUAGAUGGCAGAGUACAGUGUGGUCAGAGGGUAGAAAGAUUGGGAAUAAACUUAUUGUUUUAUAGUUUGUUAUUUUUUUUCCUUCACUUAAGUUGACAGGUAAUGCACAAUUGUCCUUCAUACUUAUUUACAUCAAGUGCUGUCAUGGCUGUGUUUUACUGAGCAAUGUCCCGUUACUCAGUAUCUCCGCUGCUGGGACAUGCGUUCAAAGAGAAAACUAAUUCCAGUGGCCUUGAUACCAUUCAUCAGUUCUCAGCUGACCUGUCACCUGACUUCCUUCUUAAGUCUCUCCUUCAAUGGUUGUCAAUGAAACGUCGUAAAACAUCAGUUGUGAUGUGAGUCUAAUUAUGUAAAUAUACUAAAUUAUUUUUCAAUUUGAUGACGAUAGUGUUACGAUAGUACGAUAGUGUUAAAGUAAAUACUACGAAGGUGUGUUUUAGUGCACUUAAUGAAUUUGACAAGCUUUUUAUUAUACAAAAGCUGCUGCUUCGGGUUCACAUAUCAUAAAGGUGUAAGCAGUGAAGGAUCAGGCAUUAGCAAAGAAAAUUUAUGUUUAAAUCAAUGUGUCAUAUCUGACAGUGGGGGCCCAGACUUUUUGAGUUUGACACAAAUUCAUGUGAUCUACUUGCAAAGAAAGAUUCAUCUUUUUUUGACAUAAAUUUGCUCAUUAUGAUUCAUCAUUAAAGAUGCUCUCAAACCAUCAAAAACAAAAAUACAGCAUCAAAUAUGGGUCAUUGCAAUUAAAUUGGUAAACAUGUCAAGCAUCACUUCUGUAUGCUCGAUACCAUGACAAUUAAAGCAUAUAUUUUUUAUGUA